CUUUUCUUUAAAUUCGAUAAAAUCGUGAGCUAACUUGACUGAAUUUCUAUGGAAAAAAAUUAAGAUAACAACUGUGGAUUGGCAAUUGUUCUGAGGAACGUUCGGGCCCAUGGACCCAAGACUUGGUAGUCAGCUUGGCGAUGAAAGCCUUACGUAUAUGAGAGUCGGUAGGUCAACGGUCAAUUUCGUUGUAAACUUGAGCUGUGAAUCAGUUUUUGAUCGAUAACCUAAUAACGCUUGGGCCCAGGGACGUCAAACUUGUUGCACAUUGAACGAUGUCGGACGCGUACACUUUUGACGAUGCUGACCGUUUCAACAACAUCUUACAGAUGCUUAUGCGUUGUUGUGUAAAGGUCAUGAAAAAGAUUCUGCCAAUAAUUGUGACUUCCCUUGGCUAUACAAGUGUGGAUCAAUUUCUUUCGACAGAAAAACCACAUGUAUUAAAAAUGCCACUUGCUUCUUUGCAAAAGAACCAGGACAUUUUAUAUCCACCGACACGAAUAUUAACGAAUAUCGAGCAAUGGGACAUGUCCUUGCUUACUUGUGUUUUUACUCACAUUCAAAGGAAGCUCAUAACCAAAGAAAUCGGAAAUCCGACAGAUCCAUUUAUUAACCUAUAUAAAGCCCAAGUGCUUGCAACAACAGUGGGACAAGAACAUGAAGAAAAACUUUACCCUCAGUCAGGAAAGCCAACAAAUUUAAACAAGUGGAAUAUGUCCGUAUGUGCUUGUAUUUUCUCGGUGGUGUGCCCAAAACCAAACACUUUACAUGUCAAAAUAGCAGAGUCAUUGAAUAGUCUGAGAGAAAUGAGAAACAGUCUUUGUCACACAGAAAGUCCAGAGAUGGAACCUUUAGUUUACGAAGAACACAUAACUGUUCUGAAAGAUUUCGUUAACUCAGGGCUGACAUAUAUAGGGGAUGUUGCCUUUGAAACUGAAAUAAAGAAAGAUAUGGAUGACAUUGAAAAUGGCAAAAUGAGACGUUAUAUUGUGGCAGAUCAUAAGCAUCUUCAAGAGUCUUAUGCUAAUGAUAGAGAUACCAGUCAAAGGUUAGACGGUAUUGAGAAAGAAUUACGAAAACUCUCAUGUCAGUUACAGAAGGAUCCAGUCCAACUGACACUGAUGUUGUUUUUUGCAAAACUGACAGACGACCACAAAAAUCUCCUCUAUUCUUCGUUUGUGGAAACUUUUACACAGCUUGUAGAAGAGAAUGCACCAGAAAUUGUUGGAGAAAUAAAUCCAGAAUUGAAAGAUUUUUUUACCCAUUCUGUCUUUCAGACCUGGAAGAUUUUUAACAAUCCUUUUGAAGGAAGGCGGGUUGUAGGUGCCAAGCGAGAGUGUCUGAAGAUCAAACUCCACUUCGACGAUGCCGUUCGGAUGUGGAAGUUCAUCAAAAUAUAUAUAUCGGGGACGCUUGACUCUUUAAUUGAACCAAUCCAAACAUUUCUAAGAACAAAAGAAGGAUUUGAGAACUUGGAAAUGACAGUGGUUCUACCGGAUGUGUUUGCUGCUUUGAAUCAAUCAGGUGAUUCUAAAGAGAUUGAUUCUAACUCUAUGAUGUGCGUAUUGGAGUUGUUGAAUCAAAGGUUGGUUCCUUUAGAACAAAACCAACAAGAUGACACGGUUCGCAAAAGUCUUGAAAUGAAGAGGACGAGUAGUCAGCAGUACAUAACCAAUGCCGGUGUCCAAACCGGGGAAAUGGAAUCUGAGGGACCCGAAGAGACUUUCGUUGAAAUAAAAGAGCGAUUAGUUGUAGAAGAAUCUAAAACGCCUUUGGUGGAAUUACAUUUGGAUGAAUCUGGACAAACGAUAAUGCCUUUGACUUCGGAAGAUACAGAAACUCCUAUUAAAGGAUAUACUAUUGAAAACACCGGGGAAAAGGUUAUGACAACGAUAUCGAAAGAACCUGUAAAGCUCGUUGAAGAAUUGACUGUUGACGAGUCUGGGCAAAAGGUUAAGACUCCGAUGCCAAAAAAAUCGGAUUAAGGAGUUACCUAUUGAAAUAUCCGAAAAGCCGAUGACGAUAUUGCCGACCAAUGUGUAUGAACCGAUGAAAGAAUUAGUCAGUUAUACAUGUGGGGCUUGUUUCGAAGAUAUAAUAAGAGUUCAAUACAUGGUCAAAUGCAAGGACUGCGACAAGAUACUUUGCUCUGAUUGUGCCCGAGUUCACAGAAAUUCGGAUUUGUCAAGAGAUCACAUUAUCAUAGUGCAACAAGCUGAUGAUCUCAUCAACACGAAGUUCAAACCAGCCGCAACCAUCACCGUGGAGUAUCCUUCUCACCACCGAGGCGGCUUCUUGUCUGACUUAUUCCUCCUGCCUAGAGACAAGCUGCUACUUGGUGAUUGGAACGACAGGAAAGUGAAGUUGGUUGACCUGCGAACAAACAACCUUCUGUCCCAGGUGAGUGUGCCAGGUCAUCCAAUGGGCAUGUGUCUCAUAUCCGAGAACAGAGUGGCUGUAACUUUACGAAUUACAGGAAUGAUAGGAAGUAUUCAGUUCGUGGAAAUAAAUGGACAACUAUGCCUUGGGGAGAGUAUCAAGUUGGAUGGGGGCUGUCUAGCUAUUGGUUACCAUAAUGACAGGUUAAUAGUGUCUUACAGGAGUGGAAAGGUGGAGAAAAUGGACAUGAGUGGAAAAGUUAUUGAGAAGAUAGACAGUGAUGACAGUGGGAAGCCAGUGUUCGGCUAUCCAUGGCAAUUGACAGUGGUCGGUGAAGGGCAGGAAGCAGUACUAUAUGUAUCCGACAAUUAUAAAAACACCAUUACAAAGCUCGACAUGGACUUGAACAUCCUCCAGACAUUCGAAGACCCUGCACUGAGAGAACCAGCAGGCAUCACAGCAGUGGGAAACCAGCUGCUUAUAUGUGAUAGAGGUAGUAACAACAUAAUGUGCCUAGACUUGACGAGUAGCCAGAUGACCCAGCUGCUGAAGAAAAAUGCGGAACAGAACCCAAAGAGUGUUUGCUACAGUCAGCAGCAGAAAAGGCUUUAUGUCACCGGUGAACAUGACAAUGUUGUUAGUGUGUAUAUGUCAUCAAUUACUAUUUAGAUAGGGAAGGGAGAGUGAGGAAAAAUACCAAACACAGCUAACCACUAUUAUAUAAACACCCUGUGUAUCUGAAAGUGGUCAGUGAAGGUCAGAAUGCGGUCAUAUAUGGGUCAAACUAUUGGAAACGCAACCAACAUGAAACUCAACAUCCCCCAUACAUAAAAGAAUCCUGCAUUGAGAUCACUAAGACGCAUCACUGCAUUUAGUGUGUUUAUUUACACACUGUUGUGCCUGGACAUGCUCAUCGGCAAACAUGACCAAACUACUGGAGAAUAUAAGUAGUGACUACAUGAGCUACAGAGUGUUUCUAACUGCCAGCAGCUUACAGUCAAAACGAGAAUGAUCAAGUGUUUAAGGAAAUUAUUUCAGGAUAUAAACACGUAACAUUUUGCCUUGUGCAGGCGCCUUAACUUACUCAGUGGUCACAUGACCAACAGGUGGAAGAGGAGAAGGGUUUUAUAAGUUAUAUCAGAAUAUAAUGCAUGUUGCCUGCGAGUGUAUCACAGAUAUAAUAAUGUCGAUAUUUAUCAUGCAUUCACAAGUAUUAAAAAUAAAAAAUAAAAACUUUUAACAAAUAUUUAUUUCCAUCAACCAUCUGUGGUUGUAUAUAUAUGUACAUUUUCAUUAGUGUUAAAAUAGUUGUGUUAAAAGUGGUAAAAAGACGGAAAACAUACACCCAACAAAACAAGUUAAGGGUCACUUACAAAAACCACAGGUUUUUUCACAUUCCUAUAGCAAUUAAACCUAAGUAAAAUAUUGAAUUCUAUUGAACUAAUGUUUUUUCUCGGCAUGCCAGUUAGCAACCUUUUCUUUAGGCUUUUGUCAGAUAUCAGUCGGUCUAUAUCAAUAUUUAACAAAGUCAAAGACGACCCUUAAUUAACAGUGUCGAGUAUAUGUCACACGAUGCUUCUUCACGUUAAUUUUCUUUGAUGGUCUCUAAAUAAUAAUCUUUAUUAAACAGACAAAACCUGAAUCGCACACAAAUCACUGACACAAUAAUGAUUGGUAUUUCGUAUUACUAUAAUUAUGUUCUUAACAUUGUAAAUACUGUUGAGGUGAGAGCGUAAAUGAGUAGUACAAGGAUGCUUAACGUGUGGUUUGAAAUGAUGUACACAAACAAUGACCAGAAUGUUGCAGUCUUUCUACAUGUUUCCUUGUAUUUUGACGAAAUUUUACAUAAAAAAUACUCUUUAAUCAGAAUACUCUCAAAAUCAGUUUGAAAUGCUGGCUUUGUCCAUCGUCUCCAAUAUAUUUCCAACGUUCAAACCCAUAAUCCUUAGCAUCUCCUGCAAGAAAUCAAGUUCUAAAAUAAUGAAAACUGCUUUCGAAAAUAUUUUUUUUUACAUAAAGAUUUCAACAUUUGAACCUAGCGAUGUUAUCAAGUAUUAAUAAAAGGAUAGCGACAAAAAGGUAAAUCCUUGUGUGUUUUAAUCAGAAGUAUUUGUCUUGAUGUUGCUUAAUAUUGAAUAACAGUCAGUCCAUGAUAACUGACCUGAACUCACUCUUGACAUCAGAAGUGUAAAUAUGCUUGCUUUGCAAACAUAAGUACAAAAUACAAAAGUAUUCCAAUGUCUGUGUUACAUUUGGUUUGAAUGAUUCGGUCAUACAACAUGCCAGAAGAAUUCAUGAACAAUUUAUUUAAGUGUCAAGUUCGAAGUUCUUCCCGAACAUAAGUGUAAUUAUGCUACUUGUAUUAAAUUUGAUUCCUGCCUUUACAUUUUGUUUGAUAUUUGUUUGAUGAAUGUUGUUGUUGUUUUAUUUUUGAUGAUAAAAUCCGAGAAUGAUGUAAUAUUCUGAAUUCAGUUUGGAUGAUUUGAUCACCAAUAUUGCUAUGUUACAUUAAGUUUGAAUGUUUUGAGCACUAAUAUUGUUAUGUUACAUUAAGUUGGAAUGAUUUGAGCACCAAUAUUGCUAUGUUACAUUAGAUUGAAUGAUUUAUACAUUAAUAUUGCUAUGUGACAUUCAGAUUGAAUGAUUUGAGCACUAAUAUUGCUAUGUUAAAUAAAGUUUGAAUGAUUUGAGCACUAAUAUUGCUAUGUUACAUUCAGAUUGAAUGAUUUGAUAACUAAUAUUGCUAUGUUACAUUCAGAUUGAAUGAUUUGAUCACUAAUAUUGCUAUGUGACAUUAAGUUUGUAUGAUUUGAUCACUAAUAUUGCUAUGUGACAUUAAGUUGGAAUGAUUUGAUCACUAAUAUUGCUAUGUGACAUUAAGUUGGAAUGAUUUGAUCACUAAUAUUGCUAUGUGACCUUAAGCUGGAAUGAUUUGAUCACUAAUAUUGCUAUGUGACAUUAAGUUGGAAUGAUUUGAUAAUUAAUAUUGCUAUGUGACAUUAAGUUGGAAUGAUUUGAUCACUAAUAUUGCUAUGUGACAUUAAGUUGGAAUGAUUUGAUCACUAAUAUUGCUAUGUGACAUUAAGCUGGAAUGAUUUGAUCACUAAUAUUGCUAUGUGACAUUAAGUUUGAAUGAUUUGAUCACUAAUAUUGCUAUGUGACAUUAAGUUGGAAUGAUUUGAUCACUAAUAUUGCUAUGUGACAUUAAGUUUGUAUGAUUUGAUCACUUAUAUUGCUGUGUUACAUCAAGUUUGAAUGAUUUGAUCACUAAUAUUGUUGAAUGAUUUGAUCACUAAUAUUGCUAUGUUACAUUAAGUUUGAAUGAUUUGAUCACUAAUAUUGUAAUGUUACAUUCAGUUUCAAUGAUUUGAUCACUAAUAUUGCUAUGUUACAUUCAGACUGAAUGAUUUGAUCACUUAUAUUGUUAUGUUACAUUAAGUUUGAAUGAUUUGAUCACUAAUAUUGCUAUGUUACAUUCAGUUUCAAUGAUUUGAUCACUAAUAUUGCUAUGUUACAUUCAGAUUGAAUGAUUUGAUCACUUAUAUUGCUAUGUUACAUUAAGUUUGAAUGAUUUGAUCACUAAUAUUGUAAUGUUACAUUCAGUUUCAAUGAUUUGAUCACUAAUAUUGCUAUGUUACAUUCAGAUAGAAUGAUAUGGUUACUAAUAUUGCUAUGUAACAUUCAGUUUGAAUCAUCUGAUCACUAUUAUUGUUAUGUUACAUUCAGAUUGAAUGAUUUUAUCACUAAUAUUGCUAUGUUACAUCAAGUUUGAAUGAUUUGGUUACUUGUUUUGCUAUGUGGCAUUCAGUUUGAAUGAUUGGAUCACUAAUAUUGCGCUAUGUGACAUUCAUUUUGAAUGAUUUGAUAACUAAUAGUUGAUGUACAAUGAAUGUAACACGGAAAUGAAAUCAUGCAUAAUUGUUUUAUCUUAAACUUUUUUAUCGAAUCAAUAAAACCUUAAAAACUA